UAAGAGCCAAAAUUCCCUUUUCCUUUUCCUUUUCCAUCAACAGCUCCCAAAAUCAGCAUAAAUUCUAGAAUUCAGAUGCUCAUUCGCAUUCAAACGCCGGUUAUCACUCGUGUUCAUAUUGCCAACUCUUCUCAUCUCUCGAUUUCCACGCCGCAUCUGUUGUUGUUUACCGAAUUCUAUUCUGUUCCUUCUUUCUCAGUACUUCAAAUCCUUGGAUUCCGAAUGAGAACUGCAUCGAUUGUUCUUCAGUUGGGUCUGUAAUCGGUCCUUCAAUUUGGAUUCCUGUUCUCUGGAUUGUGCGAUUUAUCUGUUCUAAUCUUGUUUGAGCGUCGAAACGAGACAAUAAUGAGGAGUUUCAAGGAUUUUUGCACGAAGAAGACUCUAAUCGGUCUUGGGUUGGGACAAUUUUUGUCUCUUCUUAUCACUUCCACUGGAUUUGCAUCCUCUGAACUCGCUAAAAGAGGAAUUAAUGCACCAACAUCACAGUCCUUUAUAAACUACGUUCUUUUGGCUAUUGUCUAUGGAAGUAUAGUACUCUAUCGUAGAAAGGCACUCAAGGCAAAAUGGUACUUCUACAUACCUUUAGGCUUGGUAGAUGUAGAAGCCAACUACCUUGUUGUGAAGGCAUAUCAAUACACAUCUUUAACAAGCGUGAUGCUGCUGGAUUGUUGGACAAUCCCUUGUGUGAUGCUGCUCACCUGGAUUUUCCUAAAAACAAAAUACAGAUUCAGGAAGAUAGGCGGUGUCGUCGUGUGUGUUGCUGGCCUCGUCGUGGUUAUCUUUUCUGAUGUUCAUGCUGGCGACCGAGCUGGAGGAAGCAGCCCACUUAAAGGGGAUGCUCUUGUUAUAGCUGGUGCUACCCUUUAUGCUGUUACCAAUGUCAGCGAGGAAUUUCUGGUGAAGAAUGCUGACAGAGUUGAGCUAAUGGCGAUGUUGGGUAGCUUCGGUGCCAUCAUCAGUGCUAUCCAAAUAAGCAUAAUCGAGCGCAAAGAGUUACGAUCGAUUCGAUGGACUCCAGAAGCAGCCAUUCCUUUUGCUGGAUUCUCUGUGGCUAUGUUUUUUUUCUACUCGCUUGUCCCUGUAUUACUUCAGAUCAGUGGAUCCACAAUGUUGAACCUGUCCUUACUCACCUCGGACAUGUGGUCCAUUGUGAUUCGUGUCGUCGCGUAUCAUGAGAAGGUUGAUUGGCUUUACUAUUUGGCCUUUGCUGCUGUUAUCAUUGGACUCAUUACUUAUUCAGUGGGUGAGAGAGAAGAAGAAGAUCGACGUCGAACUAACGUUGAUGUAGAAGCCGAGCAUGACAAACGUCCAUACAAGGAAUGCCCACCGGAAAACCGGUACUAGGAACAGCAGGUAGCAGUUGGAAGAUCUGAGAGGGUAGAAAAAAUGAAAAUCUUGGGAGAAAUAAGUAGUGUGGUUCCUAGGAUGGAUUAGAAAAGAAGUAUUUAGAGUUGUACUUAUUUUUUGUUGGCCUUUUGAUGGGCUCUCAUUCUCCAAUAAUAAAGUAUGAAAGUUUUGAAAU